UUUUUUUUUUUUUUACUAUUACUAUUAUUAAUUUAUACCAAUACACUCACAAAUGUUAUCAAUACCUUCGCAAGCAAAUAAACUGGAUUACGUAAAUGGAGGCGGAUCAUUUAUACACAGUUAUGGCUCAAAGACUUUUAUGAGGCCAAAAUUGGAUGAUGUAUUAGAUGCUGUCGUACAAGCAAAAUUUAAUGAAAAAAGAUGGGUUUGGAUAGAAGAUGAUAAAAAAGGCUAUGUCAGAGGGCACAUCAUCAAUGAAGAUAUUGACAAAGAUGCAAUAGAAAUAGAGUACGAUAAUGGUGGGACGGCCAUAGUUUCUCAGUCAAUGAUUCAACCUAUGAAUCCUCCAAAGUUUGACAUGGUAGAUGAUAUGGCUGAAUUAACCCAUUUAAAUGAACCUUCUGUAAUUCAUAACCUUACUGUUCGUUAUAAAGCAAAUCAUGUUUAUACUUAUUCUGGUCUCUUCUUAGUUGCAGUUAAUCCUUAUAGAAACCUUCCUAUCUAUAGUAAUGAUUAUAUUGAAUUUUAUAAAGGCAAAAGACGUGGUGAAAUGCCACCUCAUAUCUAUGCUGUAGCAGAUCAAGCAUAUCAUGAUAUGGUACAAGAUAAAGAAAAUCAAUCCAUCUUAAUUACUGGUGAAUCAGGUGCAGGCAAGACAGAAAAUACCAAAAUUGUAAUUCAAUACCUUACUGCUAUAGCAUCAACGACGAAUAAAAAAUCAUCCUCUGAGAAUAUAAACAGAUUACAAAAUCAGAUUUUGCAGGCAAACCCGAUUCUUGAAUCUUUUGGCAAUGCUCAAACUAUACGUAAUAAUAACUCUUCAAGAUUUGGUAAAUUUAUUAGAAUUGAAUUUAAUCACAGAGCUCAGAUUUGUGGAGCAAAUAUUGAAUGGUAUUUACUUGAAAAAUCAAGAGUUCAUCAUCAAACAUUGAAGGAAAGAAAUUAUCAUAUUUUUUAUCAAUUAUUGGAAGCUGAUGAUGGCCUUAAAAAACAAUUAUUACUCGAUGGCACUGUGAACGAUUAUAAUUUUAUUAAACAUUCAAAUAAAAGAAUUGAAGGAGUGGAUGAUGCUGAAGAAUAUCAAAAGCUUUCUAAAUCAUUAGAUAUUAUGGGCUUAACGGAAAAGGAAAAAUUAGACUUAUUCAGAAUUGUAGCUUCUAUUCUACACUUGGGAAAUAUCUCUGUGAUUGAUUAUCGUGAUCGUGCUGAUAUUCGUGAUUUUGCUGCCGUUGAACGUGUUUGCCAUUUGUUGGGUAUCUCGGCAGAGGAAUUCAAAAAGAGUUUAUUAGCACCUCGUAUAAAGGCGGGUCGAGAUUGGGUUACACAAGCCAAAUCUUCUGCUCAAGUGAUUGCCAGUAUUGAUGCACUUGCAAAGACACUUUAUGAAAGAAAUUUUGCUUAUCUGGUAGAAAAAAUCAAUAAAGCCAUUGAUAGUCAAAAAUCAAAAGAUUUACUAGGUUUUAUUGGUGUUUUGGAUAUUGCAGGCUUUGAGAUUUUCGAGUCAAAUAGCUUUGAACAGCUUUGUAUCAAUUAUACCAAUGAAAAAUUACAACAAUUCUUUAACCAAAAUAUGUUUGAAUUGGAACAGGAAGAAUACCAAAAGGAAAAAAUUAGUUGGGAUUAUAUUGAUUUUGGAAAAGAUCUUCAACCAACGAUUGAUCUUAUUGAAAAAUCAAAUCCUGUUGGUAUUCUAUCAUGUUUAGAAGAAGAAUGUGUGGCACCCAGAGGAAGCGAUCAACGUUUCUUGGAGAAACUGAACAGGUUCUGUGAUAAAGAAAAUCCAGACGCUAAAUACAGAAGUACACGAUUCAAAGAUGGGUUUAUUCUUAAACACUAUGCUGGUGAUGUAGAAUAUUCUGUAGACGGAUGGAUUGAGAAAAAUAAGGAUCCUUUAAAUGAAGAUAUUACACGCUUAUUGGCUCGUUCUAAUCAUAAGCAUGUAGCUGAUUUAUUUGAAGAUUAUUUAGCAGAUCAAGAUGAUAAGUCAUCUGUCAUAAAUGGAAGAGUAGACUCUACCGCUUCAACCACCUCUAAUGCUACUACUUCGUUUACAUCUUUGCUCAAAUUUAGGAAAGGGAGCGGCUCCUUUAGAACUGUUGGUCAACGUCAUAAGCAACAAUUGCUUUCAUUAAUGAAUACUUUGCACAUGACACAUCCACACUUUGUUCGUUGUAUCCUACCCAACAGCAAAAAGUAUCCUGGAGAAAUUCAGACCAAGCUUGUUUUAGAUCAACUAAGAUGUAAUGGUGUUUUAGAAGGUAUCCGUAUCUGUCGAAAGGGUUUCCCUAAUCGUCUUUCCUUUGAUGAGUUCAGAAAAAGAUAUAAAAUGCUCUGUCCUGAAUUAUUAGAUCGCAAUGCAUUUAUUGAUGGCAAAACUGCUUGCCAAAUGUUGGUAAAGCAAAUGAAUUUGGAAAGUGAUAAAUAUCAAAUUGGUACUACAAAGAUCUUCUUCAAGGCAACUGUCCUUGCUUCUUUAGAAGAACUGUGUGACAAUAAGCUAAGUGCCUUUAUCACCCGGUUCCAAGCCAUGUGUCGAGGUCGUAUUGCUCGCCAAUAUAAAACAAGGUUCUCUCGUCAAACAGAUGCAAUUCGUAUCAUACAACGUAAUGCACGUAUCUAUAUCACCUUAAAGGAAUGGCCAUGGUGGAGGAUUUAUGCUAAACUCAAGCCUUUGAAUGCAGCUUACCGUGUUGACAGUCAGUUGCGUGAAAAGGAACAAAGGAUUACUGCGCUAGAAUCUGAGAUUAAAGAACAGCAUGAUAUAAUUUCCGAAUUGAUGGCACGUAAUCAGCAAUUGGAAGGAGAUCACGUUGAUUUUAAGGAACUUAUCAUGACAGAGCAGAACAUCAUUCAGGAGUUGGAAGAAACGAAGGAAAGCUUGCUUAAUAAGUUUACAGUGGCGGAAGAACGAAUAGAAGAACUAGAAUUAGAAAUACGUGAGAAGACACAGCAGAUGGAAGAACAACAAAAGACAUUAGAUUCCCAGGAAGCAGAUAUUGAAGAGCUUAAUACCCAAAUUGAUACAUCUAAGUUGGUUCAAGAACGUCUUUCAGUUGAGUUACAACAAUUAAAAGAAGAAAUUCAGACUUUACAUAGUCAGCUAGAAGCUGUGCAAGAAGAAAAAGGAAUAUCAGAGAAAAACCUUGCGCUACUACAGUCAGAAAUCGAUAAAAGUUUACAUAAUUUGGAAGAAUUAGGGAACAAAGUAAAUUCUCAAGACGAUAAAAUCAGCCAGUUAGAGUCUGGAAAUAAGGAAUAUGAGGAAACUCUCUCAAUACAAAAUGAAGAAAUAGAAAAACUAAAAGAGGCAUUACGAAUCAGUCAAGAAAAUGAAAAGAAAUUACAAGAAGAAAAUGCUUCUCGAGAAGCUGAAUUAAUAGAAAUAAGAACAAAAUUAGAUACUGAAGUUAAAUCAAAAGAAGACUGGCAGGCAAAAUAUGAUCAUCUUAAGGAAGACUGGGAUGAGUUAACAGCUCUAGUGAGAGCUGAGUCUGAUCAAGCAAGAGCAAGAAUGUCUAGGUAAAUUAUAUUUAAUUAUAUAUGUAUUUAUAUACAAAAAAUAAGCAUUUUACUUACUGUAUAAUUUUGCUUAUAGAUUUGAUCAAGUUUUAAGUG